AUGUCGCUGGAUAGAUCCUUAGAUGAAAUUAUUAAGGACAAAAAAAAAAGUAGUGUUUUUCGAAAACCAAGAAAAUCUGAUCGUCAGAAUAGGAUUGACAAAAAGCGAGGAAAGAGACCAGUGAAACGCUUUACAUCACAGAUUCCUUCUAUUGACAAUGAACCAUGGCAGCAUGAUUUGAACCAAGAAGAUGAUUUACCUCAGAGCAAGAAGCUAUACAGAGAAAAGGGAAGAGACAGAAAUUCUUCCACCGAAUCUUUGUAUAUUGUUUUAAUUGAAAAUUUACAUUAUGAGCUAUCUGAAGAAAAUGUCAGGUCAUUCCUAUCAGAAUUUCAUCCUAGUUCUAUUCUCAUGGAUUAUGAUCGUGCCGGUCGUUCUGAAGGAACUUGUCGCGCUUUUUUCUCCUCAAAAGAAGAAGCAGAACAUGCUGUUGAAUCUUUGGAUGGUCAUUUUGUUAAUAAUCAACCGAUAAAACUGUUUUUAAAGCCUCCUACUUCCCUUCUGGAUCGAAUUUCUUCUCCCGUUAAUGCUAGGAGUUCUCAUAAAAAAGCCUCAUUCAAGGAUUUAAGGGAUCCAGGCAAUGAAAAAGAAAUAGCACAUGUCCAUCCCAUUUCUCAUGAGGACCUCGAUCGAGAACUGGAUGCUUAUGCAGCUUCUUACCAAACACCAACAAAUUGUGAACACAUGCCAAAGGAAUCUCCUGAUAAUACAAAACCUAUAGAAACAGAAAACAAAGGCUUCGUUUCGGUAUCUGUUCAGAAUACAGAGGAUAUGCAGCUUGACAAUUCAUAG